AUGGGCAGGGGGCAGCCCCUGGCCGCGCUCCCCCUGGUCCUGCUCGUCCUCGCCUGCGCCCUCGGCAACAAAGGUGAGCGCGCGAGAGAGGGCGUGGGAGCGGGGAAGCUCCUCGACGGCGGGCCAGCAAGUGCCAGGGCUCCCCAAGGAGGAGGAGGAGGAAGAGGGCAGGCAGGAGGGUAGGUGGGUGGGUGGUUUGCGCCCUCCGCCCGCGCCUUCCCGACCCUAGCCAGCCAUCUGGUCCGACCGGGCGCGCAGCUGUUACGCUGGCUCCACUUCCAUCCGUCCAUCCCUGGGGCUGCGGGGUGUGUGUGUGUAUGCAGAGACGGAGCUGGGCACCAACUACAGAGGCCCCCCUCGCCGCCCUCUCGGGGCCCAGCCCAGCCAGCCAUCGCCCCUUCGCCGCUGCUGGCUCUCCGUCUUCCCACCUGCUCGCUCCCCCUGCAGCUUCAAGUCCUUUCCUGCUGCCCCCACUUGUGCGCCUCUCCUGUUUAUCUGCCACCCACCCACCUCUCUCCCUCCCUCGCCUAUCCAUUGGCACACGCCCAGCCCAUGUUUUCCAGCCCGUAUCGAUUCAAAACGCGAUGGGGCUUCUUCUUCAUCUGCCCCCUCUUCUGUGGCUGUUUGCCCAUCGCCCCGAUGGAUGCGCCUCUUCUGCUUCUCUGUUCAGCACCCAAGCCAGCCUCCCCAUCUCUCCCCGGGUUGCCUCUUCACAGCCUUAGGUCCUAGUUUGUUCGCCUGUCUGUCGGAUUAAUUAUGGAGAAAUCUAUAAUCUAUUUGAGGAGGGGGGAGAGAGAGAGCGGGGGGGGGGGAGCUGCAGAGCUGAACGGGGAGCUGCAGAACACGGUGCAACGGCUUCAGCAUUCGAGGCACGGACCCUGGAAACACGCACACACGCAUCUGUGUGUGUGAGAAAGAGGGAGAGAGGUUGCAGGGUCUGUGGUCGUGGGCACCAGCAACACGAGAGAAAGUCUCCUUGGGGGGUAGAAAGGUGUGCGAAACUCAGGAAAGGGGAAAAGGCAGAACCUAAACAUUUGCGGAUGGGAUGAAGGAGAUCGCCUGCAGCAGAAGGAAGGACGGAGAGUGCGAAGGAGACUUGAUUUCUGUUUCCACUGCUCUCCUGCCUCAAACCGUGUGUGUGUGUGUGUGUGUGUGUGUGUGUGUGUGUGUGUGUGAAAGAGGAGGGUGGGGGAGCUCUGCAGCAGCAUUGGGAUUCAGCAUGCCUGUUGGUUUUGCAGAUCAAGUGGAAUAGAUAUUCUUGCUCUCCCUGAUACCCGAUUCUGAGCACACGAUGCAGCCACUGGCGCCUGGCUUGGCCUCUUCAUUGGAAUUUCUCAGGGAGGUUCAGAAUCCGCCCAAGUCCCCAAUUGGAAAAGGAAAAGGGGGGGGGGAGCCUCUUCUGAAGAAAUCAUCAAGGGCUCUUCAAGUGGCAGACGGGAAAAGUAAAGGCUUUAUUCCUCUGCUACCCCUUGCUUGUUACCCCAGCAACAGGGGUACCUUGCACAGCAGCAAAUUCCUGUUUUCCAUUGGUGGGGUGGCGGCAAGGGACAAUAUAUGGGGACUCAGAAUAGGGUGCGAGAUUGGAAUGUGUGUGUUGCGUUAUAGGUUAUGCAGGAUUGUGGCAAGUCACACAAGCAAGAAAUAGCAGCAUACCAGCAAGAAAGGGGAAAUAGUAGAUGUUCUGCUAGGUUUUUAAAUAUGACAACCUUGAAAUCAAUUUGGUGAGAUGAAUAUCCUACCUUGCAGACCCCCUGUGGCUUCCUUCCCCUUUCUCCAAACCCCCAGUCCCCCCCCCCCCCGUAUUCCUUCCCAGGUUUUUCACAUCUAUUCUUCCUCAGAGUUGCAGGCUGCUGUUCCACUGGGGGGCAAUAACAACACCCACCAAAGCUCCAUAGUCCCCAAAGGCAGCUUUUCUAGGCAUUUUUUUCAAUAGUGCCUUCUGGUAUUGAAUGCUAGAUAUGCACAAGAAUAUAAGUGCAAAAGAACUGCCUUGCUGGAUCAAGACCAUCCAAGUCCAGCAAUGGCGAACAGGAUGCCUCUAGAGUCUAUUUAUUUCCCAUUGUUGGGAGUAGAGCCUAGUCAGCAGAUCCCAAACAGAGCACAGUGAUAGCAUCUCUCUCUCUCUCUCUCUCUCUCUCUCUCUCUCUCUCUCUCUCCCUCUUGUGUGUUUUGCCCUCAGCAUCUGGUACUCAAAGGCACACUCAAAGCUACCAUCACCAGUGAUGUGAUAGACCUAACCUUAUGCUGCUGAAUUUGUCCAGUGCCAUAUGCAGCGGCUCCUAGGGGCAGUCCCCUCUGGGGUUGUUAUUUUUUGAGGAGGCCAGGGCCCCUCAGUGUUCAGUCCUUGUGAUGUCGUGCACAUGCAACAUCAGGACAUCAUGUCUGGCCCCCUCAAUCAACUUGAGAAGGUGGCACCUCUGUCCCAGGCUGUUCAAACAGGGCUGUCCCAAUACAUUCUGCUGCCUGAGGCAAAGGACUAUAUGGCUCUCCCCUCCUUUGGUUCCAUGUAACAAACCUGGACAGGUAACUGAAUCUUGUUUCGACACUAGUGAUGCGGCAGCAGCUUCUGUCAUACCUGAGGGCAGCAGGCUGGCUUACUAGGUCUCUGGUGCGCAGAGAUCUGUCAUCCCAACACUUUGCUGGCAUCCACCACAUCCCCAGCAUCUGCCGCCUGUGGCAGCAGCCUCCUUCUGCCUUAUGGUAGGGCCGAUCCUGUCAUCAAAGCUAAUGGCUGUCACCACACCACAUCUUGUAAUGAAUUCUGUAAGGAAGGGUGUUCUUGUCUUGAACACACGGCAAAACAUGUUCACUGGAGCUCUUCAGUUCAGGUGUUAUUAUGACAGAGUGGAUUUUCUUCUGUCUAUUUUUCUCUCCACUCUGCUCAGCACCCCUGGAAUUGGCAUGGAUCCAUAGACUGGUUUUCACUUGCAGGCAGUGCCCCAUGGGAGACCCUCAGGAGAUACGGAGCCAUCAGUGGACUUGCAUCUGGGCCACACUCGGGUCCUGGCUCCAUUUGCAUGGACUGCUUGCUCCACAUGGCAGCUGUGUACAUAUCUGCACCCCUUUUUGUUACUCUGGUGGUGCAUUUUUGAGUGCUGUGGUCAUUGCACAAAUGGUAGCAGCUGUAGAUACAGCGCCUGGCUUGGAGGUCACACAGAUAGUUCUCUAAGGAUGGCCUUGAUGCCUGGCGUGCGGACUGGCCUAAGACGUUUUGUUGGAAAAUCCAAAUGGCAUUCUCUUUCUUUCUUUGAAUAAAUUUUAUUAGGAUUUAUAAAGAAAAAUGCAAAACAUAUAUAUAUAUAUAUAUAUAUAUAUAUAUAUAUAUAUAUAUAUUUGUCCAAAACUAAAAUAUUGAUCUAAAUACAAUAGAAACACAGGAGAAGAGAGAGAGAAAGAAAAGCAGGAAAAACAGAAAGAGAGAGGAAGAAGAAGAAGAAAUAGACGAGAUUAAAAUAAAGAGAGAGAAAUGAAGCUCCGCUAAUUAACACCGACUCCACGCUGCCAGGAAGAUCACCUUCAUAAGUUUCAUGCUUUAGUGCGGCAACAACUCUUCAUUUCAGGGAGGUUUAAGCAGAUGAACUUAUCACUGGAUUGUGUCCAGCGAGUCAGGUGUAUCAGCCUCCCACUCUGGAAAAGAGGCAAAAUUCUUUUUUCUGAAUCAAUGUCUCAAAAUGGCAUGCUUCUGAGGCACCCUUGUGGAAAUCCUCAGCAAGCAUAAAUGGGCUUAGGGUUGACCCAUGACCUUUCGCUGCCUGAGGCGAAGGACAGGACGAUGCCCCUCCCAUGUCCAAGUACAGAACCCAAGUGGCAGAGCAGCUGAAUCUGAUUUCAACACUGGCAAGAGAACUGUAUUUUUCCACCACACCUUGGGGGCAGUUGGCUAGCUUAGAGAUGUGCUGGCCCUCCAGCAUCUGCAGCCUGAGGCGGUUGCCACAUUUUGUCUAAUGGCAGGGCUGGCCCUGAAUAAAAACCCAGAGUAUUAGGAUCACCACUAAUGCCAGUUUCACACCAUAAGGCUAUGGGGUGGUUCACUGCAAGAACUGGGGAAAUUCUGAGGUGGGGAAAUUCCCUAAAGGUAGAUGCUUUUGAGACGUUGGGCUUGUCCAUACAGGAAACAUAAUGUGGACCCCUUCCCUGUGAUGUUCUGGACAUUUCCACCUUUAAAUGCAGGUUUUUCCAACUGGGAUUGAAAACCCCCACAUUUAAAUAGGGAAAGGUCUGGACAACACUGGGAUGAGGAGGACAUCUUGUAGAUGCCCCUACAUCAGUGGAGAGACAGGCUGAUGCAAAUCCACAUUUUGCUCCAGCGUGAAUAUCUGAAUAUUCUGAAUAUCUUCCCAAGGGCUUUAGCGUUGCUCAGUUGUGAAUGGACAGAGCCCUGUUGCCUCUGUGAGGGAUGAGCUCGGUGAGCUGGGGGUCGCAACUAGGCCAUUGUGAUCUAAUCCCAGAGACCCAAUUUUAUCAGGGAUUGGUUGGUGGGGAGGGAGCGUGUUAAUUUAUAGCAAUUCUCCCUUUCUUUGCAUUCUCUCUUCACCCCCACCUUCCUCUUGUUUUCCCUGCCCUGGAGGUUGUGUGAUAAAGAUUAAUUUGCUAUUUCUGGGCCUGUGACAUUUUUCAGAGCCUCCUGCCGGCUGCUGCCUCAAUGUUGAGUCUGGACCGGAUCCAGCCAACGGGAUUAGUGCUUUGGGCAACAAGGAGGGGCCAAGGGGAAUAUGGCACAUGCCAGGGCAGAGCAAGGGAUAUUGGGACGGGGUGGGUGAUGCAUGGAGAAAGCUGAGCUGAGGCUAUUUCAAGGGAGUGUCUUAAGGCCUCAGACGUGAAUGAUGAAAACCUGCUUUUUUCCUUGGGGGUCUUAGGCAUAACCCUUUAGUCCUCAUUUCCAAUCAAAACAAGCUAAGGGCGACUGCAUUUGCUCUCACACACCCUUCCCUCAAUGUUACUCUCGCUUUUCCUUCUAUCCUGUCGUCUGCUGUUGAAACACAGGAGUUGUAAGCUCCUUGCGGGUGGGGAUCUGAUGGUCUGCUUAUGAAAUUAUUGGUUGCAUGUGAAAUGUAUCGAUGGCACUGCCUAGAAUGACGGUGAUGAUUUGCGCCUGCUAGAGAGUUGUCGAAGGUUCUAUUUUUAAGCUUCUUAUUGUGUCAAAGCAAACAGAUGGGUUUCGGGGUUUUUUUAUAGAUAGCUUUCUGCCGUUCCGCAAUCAUUUUCUCUGAAUUCAGGGCUAAAAUUCCCAAGCUUCCACAUCCUCAACCCCAUCAAAUAAAUGUCAAACCACGAGAUUUAUGAGAUUUCAGGAUACUUUAUUAUUAUUAUGUUACAUCGUGAGAUGCUUUGAGUAAGGGUCUUUCUGGGCAGAAUGUUGUUGGUAUUGUUGGUUUGUGUGCGUAUAUAGAAAUAAAAGGAUUAAACAAACGAAAAACAUUGUCUAGCUGCUGAGAAAGGUUGAGGAGCUGCCUGGUCAAAUAUUGACAAAUCAUGAUCAACUAUCUCUGAAGCUUUUGACAUUAUGACAACAAUACAGAACCAACCAGUAGGUUUGAUACAGUACUGACAUUAAUAAUCACUUUAACAAAAAUUCCAAAAACGGACCACUGCUUUUGUAAAAUAAUGUUGUUAAUGUAAAAAAAAUAAAUGCUGCAAAUUAUUUAUUUUUAUUACAUAUUUUAUUUUACCCUUUGUGCAAGAGGAGUUCAGGGCAACAUGCAUAACUCGCACAACAACCCUGUUAAGUAGGUCAGGCUGAGAGUUCGUGAUUGGCUCAGCUUCAUCCUAGGGAGCUUCAAGGCCACUCAGCCUUCUAUAUCAUCUAUCUAUUAUCUAUCUAUCUGUCUAUGAUAUAUCACAUUUAACUCCCUCCUUUUCCCUCUAAGGCAGCGGUUCUCAACCUGUGGGUCCCCAGAUGUUGUUGGACUACAACUCCCAUUAUCCCUGAGCUCUGGCCUUGCUAGCUAGGGGUGAUGGGAGUUGUAGUUCAACAACAUCUGGAGACCCAAGGAGCUCAAAGUGGUGCACAUAGUUCUCCCCACAACAACCCUGUGAGGUAAGUUAGGCUGAGAGGCAGUGACCGGCCCAAGGUCACCCAAUGAUCUUCAUGGCCAAGUGGGGAUUUGAACCCUGGACUCGCAGGUCCUAGUUCGGCACUCUAGCCAUUGACGAAAUGUGUCCCUGCUUGGAGACAUCCGCAGGCAUGGCAGGCAGCCAUUGGGAGAAGCUGUGCUACGCCUCUCAGUUUGCCUCUGACUGCUGCAGGGUGAGGGGACCUUGCUAACACAUAGAAUCAUAGAUUUGUAGAGUUGGAAGGGACCCUGAGGAACAUCAAGUCCAACCCUUUCAAGGCAAGAAUAUGCAGCUGUCCCCUCGGAGUGAGGAUCAAACCUGCAACCUUGGUAUUACCAAACUCAUGCUCCAACCAUCUGAGCUAUCUGCACACUUGACACGAUGAUAAAAUAAAAGCAGCAAGGAUCCAGACAGUGGCAUUCUUGGAAAUAUUUAACAAUAUUUGAUCAGCCAACUGCUGAACGUGCCGACCUUAAUCCCGAGUCCCUAAAUCCAAUUAAAGCUAGUUAUAUCUUCAUUUGCAAUUAAUUUGCAUCCCGUUGCUUUCAAUGGAACGCUCAUCCCAAUUCCAUCCUUGUUUUCUCAGAAGUAAGUCAAACUGUUUCAGUGGAACGUAUUAUGUUUAAUAUAGAUGGGACUGCACUCAUAGCCAUUCAUAACCUAAGCUGAUUUUUUUUAUUUAUUUUUGUGUGGGCGAGGUAUUGGGUUCCCCUCAAGUAUUUUCUCUAUUUUUGUGAAAAGUAGAACUGUAUCCUGAGGGAAAGGUAUAAGGACUUGGAAAAUCUUUAUUGAACAAAAUCCUGCAUUAAGCUAGAAGUGUCAUUAAGCUAGCUUCUCUGCCAUUUGGUCUCAUCUUAUUUUAUAUACAAAAGCUGUGGCUCAGGAACGUAGGGUACUACAGGACUAUGUGACUGUCUGGAUUUACUACAGUCCAAGGCUAUUUUUUUCUCUUCCUUUUUGAAAUAAAAAUUUGCAGUUGUUCUGAUUUAGAUCAUGGAGCCCUUUGUAAUUAUAGAGCACAUAUCCUGGUGCGUUUUAUUAUUGACUCAGUAAAUCAUAUAUCCAGUUCUUUUUUUCUGCAGGGACGCAGGGAUAUGCAUACCCCUAAACAUCCAUUUACUGUAUUUAUUUCCCCCGAUUUGAACUAUAAAAUGGUGAUUUUCCUGAGUCAAAAUGAGAGUACCCCUAAACAUUUUUUUUAAAAAAACACAGCUUAUAGCUGUAUCCUAUACUUGGCAAUUGUGACAACUUGACCUUUUCGUAAAGAAAAAAACACCCUCCUUUAUUUCUUGUUCUUAUUAAAAUUCAAUAAAAAAAAUUGUUGGGAAAAUAUAAUUAAAAGAAAGGUACAAGGAGGAUGCAGGGCUGCCGGCAAGGUGUGUGGAAAAACAUGAACGUGAACUCGUGCAUAUACCUGAAUGGUUUUAUUCCUGCUCACCACCCUUUUUACACUCCCGAAUUUCCCCAGCCAACAAGCACAAGCCAUGGAUCGAGGCUGAAUAUCAGGGCAUCGUCAUGGAGAACGACAACACAGUCCUGCUGAACCCCCCGCUCUUUGCUCUGGACAAAGAUGCUCCGUUGCGCUACGCAGGUAUGUGGCUGAGAGGAAGACGUGUGGGAGGAAGGUACAAAAGCAGAAUCACGGCAUUCUUAGAUAAUGUUUCUGUGCAGCCUUAGCUGCAGUGAGAGACUUUGUAGUGGUGGCACUGAGUACACUGCAUGAAGGCAUCAUAACUUGUAAGUCACUAGCACACGUUUGCUUUGAAUUUAUUUAAUUUGAUCCACACUGUUUAAAUUACAAUUGUAGUAUUUAUUUAUUUUUAAGUGGAUGUCAGUUAUCCAAGUGUUUUUGUAUUCACGGGCUGGAUGGUGGAGGCAGAUUUAUGAGAAAUUUUCAUUAUAUUUGUAUAGAGCCAAACUGGAUAUGACUUUAAGACGUAGAGUCACCCUUGCCUGGUUUCUUGUUUGUUAACUUAAUAGCAGCUGCUGGAGGGCCAGCUCCAGACUGGUAUUGCAUCUUGGGGAGAGAGGAGAUUUAACCCUUUGUUCCCACUUAAUAGCCUCAUCUGGAUUCUACUUCCUUUCCCCACUCUGGUGGCUCUUAGUUAGUUUAUCCAAAGCUUACAUGCAAGAGCCAGUCAUGUGUUUAACACAAUGUCCAUCUUGACCCUUAAAGAUCCAAACUGAGGGCUGGAUCCAGACUAUGCUCCUUGUGCAGCAAUUUAUUCUCUCUCGAUGCUUUCAAAGAGCUCAUCUUUUGCGUGCUGAAGGAGUGCCAGAAGGGUAGCAGGAGAAUAUUGCAUAUGGAGCAGCAAGUAGGGUGGUGAAAGGCAAACGAGGACAGGGAUUUUGUACCUUUCAUAGUUUUAUAGGAGAGGGAAUUUUUAUUCCUGCUUCUGUACUGCUGUGAAAGGGACAAAACCUGUUUAGCGUACGGCCACCCAUGUUUGCCAGACCUCAGGAUUUGAUCCAAGCUUUCAGGAGUUUAGCUUCAUCUGCAAAAUCUCUUGCAGAAUGACCGACUCACUCUGGGCUUUACUGCCUCCAUGGGCAGGCAUCGCUCCUGAAAUCUUAAGGUCCACAUUCGCACCAUGCAUUUAAACCAGGCAUAGACAAACUCGGCCCUCCAGAUGUUUUGAGACUACAGUUUUCAUCAUCCCUGACCACUGGUCCUGUUAGCUAGGGAUUAUAGGAGUUGUAGUCCCAAAACAUCUGGAGGGCCGAGUUUGCCUAUGCCUGAUUUAAACUGAUAUGAUACCACUUCGAACAGUCGUGACUUCCCCCAAAGAGUGCUGAGAGCUCUUGGUGAGAAUUGUUAGCACGACCAUACAGUCUUCAGCAGGCUUCCUCAACCUUGGCCCUCCAGGUGUUCUUUGGCCUACAACUCCCAUGAUCCCUAGCUAGCUGGACCAGUGGUCAGGGAUGAUGGGAACUGUAGUCUCAAAACAUCUGGAGGGCCAAGGUUGAGGAAGCUUGGUCUUCAGGGUUGCUGUGAAGAGGGAUUGGUUACUAAACCACUGUGAGAAUUGUAGCUCAGGGAUUAGGGGAAUAAGGGUCUCCCAACAUAGAAUUGCAGCGUUGGAAGGGACCACAAGGUCGUUCAACCAUUGCUACGGUGUCCUUUCUUCUAGCAGAUCAAAUUAACCAGGUGACAGCAAAAACUGCAAAAGUUUCAUCAGAUGCAAUUAGAAUAAGAUCUAUUAUUUGAUUGAUGUAAACCUCCAGAAUGUAUUUUUUGUAUAGCUGAAGUUUUUACCUCUAUCUCCAGUUACACUGUAUUUUAUUUUAUUGCUACGGCUAGUGGCUGAGGCAAAUAAAGAUUCUUCUGAUGAAGUCCAACCCCCUGCAAUUCAGGAAUCUUUUGCCCGCUGUGGGGCUCAAACUCACAACCCUGAGAUUCAGAAUCUCCUGCUCUACCAACUGAACAGUCCCUGAGAGUUAAAUGGUAUAUAAAUUGUUUAGAUAAAACAAUAAUAAAAUCAAAAUUAAAUUACACACAUGGGUAAGCAUUGCGCAUAAUAGGUUUUCCGGCUAUUACCAGCAAGAGCUUCUGUGCUGAGGAGCUUCUGUCCUCAGAGGAGCGGCUUCCCAGGGGUCCGUCUGAGGAGGAUAUGCAGUCCCAGCUGAAGCUAGACUGCAGGACCUGGCAGGAAUUAGACAGAGUGUGCCAUUGAAGCCCAAAGCCAGGAUCUCAGAUGGUGCACUGUGGAAGCCAGAGACAAAAGUUUGAUUAGCCAGCAGAACCUCAGUCAGAUAAGCAGUCACCUAGGCGUAGCUGUCAACUUUUCCCUUUUCUUGCAAGGAAUCCUAUUCAGAAUAAAGAAAUUUCCCUUAAGAAAAGGGAAACGUUGACAGCUAUGCACCUUGGGUGUUGGGUUGACAGUGAUCUGGAUCCCACUGAGGGCUGAAACAGACUUCCAGGGAGAAGGAGGGAGUGUGUUUCAGGUCCUAUCUCCCCAGGAGAGAUAUCUUCUCAGUUAAAGGGUCUGCACUUAGUUCCUGAGGAAUGCCCUCUGCUAGGGCUGUGAUCCUGCUGCCUUUGGAAUGGAUAAAGGCAGGAUCUGCAGAAAUGGGGGAGUUUCUGAGGAAGGAUAAGUGGGGUCACAAAUUUCAGUGCUACGCCAAAAUUUGGCACACCCCGCCCAGUGCGACAGCGCUCCCCUAAAUCCGCCUCUGCAGGGAUUGUCAGGGUUGGGCAAAGAAACCUCUCUGGCAGUGGGAAAUGGAGGGCAUCCAGUGCUUCUUUCACUUUCUCAUAUGUGGAGGUCUCUGGUAGAGGGACUGUGUCCUGUGAUGAUCCUGGCAGAGGGUCAUAACCACAGUCCAGGAAGAGUAUGGGCAGAUGGCAACCCAGUCUGGGUAAGGAGCAGUGCCAGAAUUAUGGGAAUGUGUGUGGUUCCCCCUCACAGGACACCAAGCGGAGGGGGUGCAAAAUGAUGGUGGUGAUAGUAAUAAGACCUACAUUUAUAUGAGUAAACUGUACUAAACAUAAUUACUCUGAAAAUAAGAAAAAUUUAGGGGGCGCCAAAUUUUGUCCUCGCUCAGGGCAUCGCAUUACCAAAGUCCGCCCCUGUAGAUACAUGGCUUUCCAGUCUAGCCUACCAACGAAUGAAACACCAACAGAAAUAUUUUCUCAGUGGUGUUGGGGAAAAUGAUGGCAAUUGACUCCAUACAAGCGGAUUGCUAGAUGCAACAGCUGCCCCAUGGAUGCCGUUUCAGAUGGUUCCCGUUCGGCAGCCAUUUUGUGUGAGCUGGAUCUUUGUGGUCUGGCCUAAGAUGUUGUGAUUGUCUGAGGCAGGAAAUCCCGAGUGGUAUUCUCCCAGCUCCACUGAGGGGAACCCCACGAAAAGCACUUCCCUUCAUUUCAGUGGGUCUUGAAUAGUAGAAUUUCCUUUCAGAUUCAGAUCUCGUAGUUGUCCACUUGGCUGACCUUAAUGGCAACCAGAACUUUCUGCUGUGGCAACUGCCUCAUGCCCAUGUGGGGAGCAUGUGCGGUGCAAUGGAAUGGUGGAUGGUUGGCCAGCAGGAAAACGGAAAUAUUUGCCUCUGAGAUAAGCUCUUUCUUCACAUUCCCGUUUUUCCUAUUUCUGCUUCAUACUUCUGGCAAACCAGGUGAGAUCUGUGGAUUCCGGAUCCAUGGGGCAGGGGUGCCCUUUGAAGCUGUGAUCCUGGACAAAGCCACAGGCGAAGGAUUGAUCCGGGCCAAAGAGCCGGUGGACUGUGAAGCUCACAAGGAACACACCUUUACCAUCCAGGCUUAUGACUGUGGAGAAGGACCUGAUGGUGCCAACACCAAGAAAUCCCACAAGUAAGACUGAAUAUUUGUUUUCCUUUUCAUCUGGCGAGAUUUUUAGGGAGCUAUCGGAUGGGAUAGUGUCCUUAACUGAGCCCCUUCCCCACAGAAAUACUGUUCAUUUUUGGAAAUGUGAAAUAAUCUGUUGUCGGAUGGCUGUUGGAUGUUUGAAAGUAUAUAGUAGAGGCAAUGUUUCUUUUGAAAAUAAAUAAAUAAAUCUGGCAUUACUUUGGUGGUCCUUCUGCUGUCAGUACAGCGGUACCUUGGUACUUGACCAAAUCGGCUCCCGAAUGCCGCAAACCCGGAAGUGAGUGUUCUGGUUUGCGAACGUUUUUUGGAAGCCAAACAUCCUCUGUGGGUCCUGCAGCCAAUCGGAAGCUGCACCUUGGUUUUUGAACGGUUUUGGGAGUUAAACGGACUCCCGGAACGGAUUAAGUUCAAGAACCAAGGUACGACUGUACAUUUCAUAAAUACGGACACUGUAGGACACACCACACAAGCUCUUGUAGGUUUCUUUGGGAUUUUAACCACUGCCACUUUUUCUUGCCUUCUGACUGGCAGCUGCUGCCCGAGAGACCUCUACUGAAAGGGGCAGUUUUAGAACUCCCUCUCUUCCCCAUACUUUUAUUUUUGUGGUCCAUAGAAAGCCUCAUAUUCUCAUUCUGAAGUGUAGUUUGUACUUCUGGGGAUGCUCCUUGUCAGCAGCACCGAACUGACCCAGGAUUUAAAUUUGAGCCACAUAUUACCACUAAAGCUGAGCUGUUACCGCUACCCCUGAAGGACCAACUAGCUGGCGAAGGCAGUCCAGCAGCCACUUGAAGUGAGGGAAGGGUGUUUAUUUUUUUCAGACAAAGACAGAAAAAGAAAAACAGCCAUCCAUUUCAUGCCUACAGAUAAAACAUCCCUUCUGUUGAAAAUUCUUAGAAUUGGACAACUUUCUGAAGCAGGAAUUUUUGGGGUGGCAGUAUUAAUGUUAAGGAUGAGGGGGGUCCCAUCCCCCCCAGAAAGUCUUGCCAUCACCUCAGAGUCAGGUUGCAUUCUUGAAACAGAACGUCCUGUGGGGGAAAGGCUAAUGGUCUUAGUUCAGCAUCAUUUCCUGUGGGGCGUUCUGUCCCUGCAUCAUGGCUAGAUUGUUGAGGGUAGCCAAGCUAUUACUUUGAAGCAGCGGCAACACUUUUCUAAGAAAGCUUUUCAUCUUUAAAGGUUAGACUACCAACUUGAACAUGCAUAGAUUUUCCCUCAUCCCAAAAGAUUAAUCCUCAUAGAGGGAGUUCACCUCUGCAAAAACAUACAGCAGCAACUAUCACAACUCAGUCCUGGAAACAGCCAUCAUUGAGGUGUAUUGCCCAAGAAGAAGGCCCCUGAGCAGCGCUUUUUUCCUGGGGGGACGCAGGGGUACACAUACCCCUAAACAUUUUGUGAAUCUUUUGUCCAUUUACUGUAUUUAUUUUUCUCGAUUUGCAUUAUAAAAUGGUGAUUUUAUUUGAGUCAAAAUGAGAGUAUCCCUAAACAUUUAUUUAUUUUUGAAAAAAGCACUGCCCCUGAGCAUAUGAAGAGUACGUUCACCUCUUCCAUUUCUGAAUGGAGGGGUUCAGCCUAGGACAGGCAGCUUUAAGGCCCAGCAUUUCUCUUCUUUAGAAAGGAGCCGCUGACCUUUCUUCUAUGUUCAGGGCCACGGUUCACGUGCGGGUGAAUGAUGUCAACGAGUUCGCUCCCGUCUUUGUGGAGAACCUUUACCGUGUGGCGGUGACAGAAGGGAAGCUCUAUGAUCGCAUCCUGCGUGUGGAAGCCAUUGAUGGCGAUUGCUCCCCUCAGUACAGCCAGAUCUGCUACUAUGAGAUCCUGACUCCCAACGUCCCCUUCCUGAUUGACAACGAUGGUGAGAAUCUAAACAGGCCUCUGGCUGCUGAAUUGCACUGGAAACUGUGGAGCGAUGCUGGUGCAGACUUGCAAAUUGUACCACUGAUAAUUGUUUUGUGGGCAAACUAGAUGAUACUUGGGAAACAUGUAAAAUGUUCCUCUGGGUGUGUCUGGAUGAUAUAUUUUUUUACUGAAAAGCAGCUGCAGAGGACUGCCAGUUUCAGGGCAGGAAUGGCAAGGAGUAUAUACCGUAUUUUUUGCUCUGUAAGACUCACUUUUUCCCUCCUAAAAAGUAAGGGGAAAUGUGUGUGCAUCUUAUGGAGCAAAUGCAGGCUGCGCAGCUAUCACAGAAGCCAGGAACAGCAAGAGGGAUUGCUGCUUUCACUGCACAGCGAUCCCUCUUGCUGUUCUGGCUUCUGAGAUUCAGAAUAUUUUUUUUCUUGUUUUCCUCCUCCAAAAACUAGGUGCAUCUUGUGGUCUGGUGCGUCUUAUAGAGCGAAAAAUACGGUAUUUCUCCCCACAAUCUGGAAAACCACCUGGAGGUGGCAGUUCUGAGAGGGGAAAUGGCAUGAACGAUGAAGGUUAAACAGCCCCUACCUCUGCGGCAGUUCUCACUCCUGAACACAACCUUUGAUGCCACUUUGCAGUUUAAAACAAAUGGAGGUGGCAGUUCAAUUAUCUCCAGUGUAUUGUCAAGUUUGGAACUUGCUUUUUUGCGAGAUGGCAAAUAUAACUUUGUAUCACUCUGCUUUGAUCAGCUAUGGUUUGCCCCCAACGAAUCCUGGGAAACAUAGUUUGUAAAGUUGAGUUUUUAAGAACCCCCCUAUUUCCCUCACAGAACAAUUUACAGAGUGGUUUAACAAUCAGUCCCUCUUCCCAGGGAAUUCUGGGAAUUUUAGCUCCGUGAGGGACAUAGGGGUCCUCUUACAUUUUUACAAACUAGAGUUCCCAGGAUUCUUUGGGGGAAGCCAGACCUGUUUAAAGCGGUAUGAUACUGGUCUAAACGUAUAGUGCGGAUAGGGCUUAGGUACGUAUGAAUGCAUCCACACAUACUUCAAGGUCAACAAAUACUAUAUUGCAGGAACCAGAUUGCCAUGUUGUGCGUGCGAAUGUUAGCAGAGAUUGCACCUAGCAAGCUUAGCUCUUGCCACUUGUUCAGAAAGCACUUAAAGGCAAGCCGUGAGGACUGAUGCUGAUUCUCAUACUUUUACAGAUCUUUCCGCACAUUUUAUAGCAGCAAGUCACUGGGUGUACACAUACGCUAUGGCGUUUCUCCUGUUUGUAGAUUUCUCUUUUUCCCCCAAAAAAUUUACUGAUUUUUACAAUAUUAACGACAAACAAAAACACAAAACAACAAACAUAACAAACAUAAAUCAUAACCUUAUUGAAAAUAACAGUUAUUAACUUUGUAAAGCGACUUCCUCGUUUCCCCUUAGUUGAAUUUCAUUGCAAAUCCUUGUAACGGUUUUCCAAAACCCAAUUUUUAUACACUUUAAAUUGAACAUUUGUUUGUAGAUUUCUAACUGGCAUCACACCUGUUUGUCCCAUGCACACUUCACAACAUUAGUGUGCACCUAAAAAUGUAAUAUGCAGAGGGCCAUGUCAGAGUUUUUGCAGUAGUAGUAACCCUAUGUGUCCUGUCAUUUUCAACCAUUUUCAGAGCGGUGUUUUCUGCUUUGGGCUAUAUAGGAGGAAGGACACGAUAUCUUCCUUGGAGGUUUUUAAGCAGAGGUUCGAUGGCCACCUGUCAUGGAUGCUUUAGUUGAGAUUCCUGCAUAGCAUGGGGGUGGACUAGAUGGCCCUCGGUAUCCCUUCCAACUCUGCAAUUCUACGAUUCUAUUAAUUGAAUAAAUAAUCAUAGUACUCUGGUGUUUCCUGCAAUAAACACACAUAGAGUGAAGGGCAGGUUUGAGGCGCUGUCUGGAAAACUCCCCAUAGCAUCUAGGGAUAAGCACAAGCCCUUUACAGUGGUACCUCAGGUUACAUACGCUUCAGGUUACAGACUCCGCUAACCCAGAAAUAGUACCUCGGGUUAAGAACUUUACCUCAGGAUGAGAACAGAAAUCUCACGACAGUGGCAGGGGGAGGCCCCAUUAGCUAAAGUGGUGCUUCAGGUUAAGAACAGUUUCAGGUUAAGAACGGACCUCCAGAACGAAUUAAGUUCUUAACCCGAGGUACCACUGUAUAAUUUACAAGCUUUGUAUGGAAAUCACCAGUGUAACACUAGUACUCAUGAAUGCGGAGGCAUAAAGUAGCUUGGAAGUAGCUUGGAGGAUGGAAACAGCUGGAUCAUGUUACCGGGUGAUUAUUGAAAUCAUUAUGAGCGCCCAGGAUGUGUGGAUUAUGCCAUAGCUGUGGAUGAGAGGCUGUGCUUGCGGCAGCCUAGCAAUGGCAACAAAGGGAUGUUUGGACCUUGUGUGUGUAUCUCUUGUUCUUUGCUUCUCUAACUUCAAGGCCAUUCUAUUUCCGGCAGGGAACAUUGAGAACACUGAGAAACUGCAGUACAGUGGAGAGCGACUCUAUAAGUUCACAGUGACAGCCUAUGACUGUGGCAAGAAACGCGCCUCUGAUGAUGCAGAGGUCGAGAUCCAGGUGAAGCCCACCUGUAAGCCCAGCUGGCAAGGUAUGAAGCCUUUAUUUCCAUGGUGCAUAUUUCUCCUCCUUCCUCCCAGUGACUCCACCAAGGGCAGUGUUCGAAACUGCCAUUGUUCUAGGUGUGUUUUGCAAUGGAGAAUUUCAUUAAUGCGAGCAGUUUCUGAGACAUGGGAGCACUGCUAAGAUUUCAGAUUAAGACUGCCACUGCUGGAACGAAAGGAGGACCUUUAUCCAGCCACUCUCUGAGGACUGGAGAAGGGACCCUCGUAAGAAUAUUGGGGGGGGGCAGGCAGUGGAAGUAUGGCUUUGUUUUUUGCAGUCUGCAGAUGAGGAAUAGACCAUGUGAAAAAUGAAUAUAAGAUUUUAGCUGCAGUUCAUUCAUUUUCAGCUUUGUAUUAUUGUUAUUAAAAAAGCGUUCCUACACAUUUCAUUUCGGUGCCCAAAACCUAGGUUUAAGGUGCCAUUUAGCGCCUAGCUUUCAUAUCUCAGUUUCUAACACUGACCAAGGGAUCAUUCAGAUACUUUGCCUUUUAUUUUUACCUCUUCUGCCUUCUUUAUUUGAUGAAUAACAGCUCAUUUUAAACUACAUGGCCUGAUAUAUAUUAACUACCUCUCAUAUAUAUUAAAAAUAUGUAUUAUGUAUGAGAGCAGUUAAUAUGAUUGCAUUAGUUUGCUCUGUUUUGUGCCCUGGGAAAAGUUACAGAAAGAAUAUAUAUGAGAGAUAGAUAGAUGAUAGAUAGAUAGAAAUAGAUAUUUGGGCUUUAGUCAACCUAAGACUAAGAUCUGUUAUUAUGCAUGGGAAGCCUGUGUACUGUAAUUGACAGUGUUGUUUCUUUAUUUAAAAUGUCCUUUAAAGGAAUAUUUCCUCAAAGGAAGGUUGGGAUAGAAAUCCAUUCAAUAAUUAAAAUAGUUGGUGGAUUAGUUUUCCAUGUGGCUAGACCUCAGUAAUGAUCAAGGAGGCUGGGAGGUUUAUCGAGUCUGUGCCAGUUACACCAGCCUGGCCAUAUUCUAGAUCCAGGUCCUGGCAUAGUUUGGAGGGUGUUAAUAAAUGCACAGUGUGGGGGGGGGACGACAUAUAGACUUGACGCAUGGAGCAUAAUUUGUUGGGAAAUGCAUGGUUUUGAUUUGUUUUGAUAUCGAUGACUGUACUUACUUUCUCUGUUGUAACCAGCCAAUGGGUGGAAUGUGAAGUGUAAACAUAAAACAACAUGAUUGGCCCAUUAAAAAACCUCCCCACAGGUUGGAAUAAGAGGAUAGAGUACACCCCAGGCACGGGCAGCCUCGCUCUUUUCCCUAACAUCCACCUGGAGACCUGCGACGAGCCCCUGUGGAACAUCCAGGCCACGGUGGAGCUACAGACAAACCACGUGGCCAAAGGCUGCGAUCGCGACAAUUACUCCGAGAAGUCGCUGCGCAAACUCUGUGGUGCGUAUUCCCUUAUCGCACCGAGUGAUGCUUGCGGGAGGAAGCGAACUAGGCUGUGUGCGGGUGUACAGAUGGAUGGGCACUUCAAAGACCAUGGGUCAAUUGCCUCACAAUAUUUUCUUCCAGCAAAACUGGGUGAGGAGUAGCUUUAGGUGCCCUUAGUCAGAAGCAUUCGUACCAUAUAGCAAAAUUAGGUGGCAGCUGUGGGUUAAACCACAGAGCCUAGGACUUGCCGAUCAGAAGGUCGGCGGUUUGAAUCCCCACGAUGGGGUGAGCUCCCGUUGCUCGGUCCCUGCUCCUGCCAACCUAGCAGUUUGAAAGCACGUCAAAGUGCAAGUAGAUAAAUAGGUACCACUCCGGCGGGAAGGUAAACGGCGUUUCCGUGCGCUGCUCUCGUUUGCCAGAAGCAGCUUGGUCAUGCUGGCCACAUGACCCAGAAGCUGUCUGCGGACAAACGCCAGCUCCCUCAGCCAAUAAAGCGAGAUGAGCGCCGCAACCCCAGAGUGGGUCAUGACUGGACCUAAUGGUCAGGGGUCCCUUUACCUUUACCUUUAAGGCACAUAGAUCUGACCCAUGGGGUGUAGAUUGCAAAGUUGUCCUCCUCAAGGCCCAUUGAGAUGGACAGGAGCUGCACCAGAGCACUGUAGGGUUUGCUUUGUGCCAUUCCUCAACAUUUCAUUGGAAAUAUUUCUAGUAUAUUGUGUCCCCUGCUUAAUUAGCAGAAUCGGGGAGAGAGGUGUCUCAUGGAUUUUCCAUUAUCGGGCACCAAAGUGUCUUGGUCUCGGCUUGCCCUUAGCAAAGGACACCAGUCACCCGUUUUCGGAGGGGCCUCCCUUGUUCUUAUUUUGCUCUCUUGCCCUCGACAGGUGCUGCCACAGGUGAGGUAGACCUGCUCCCUGUUCCUGGACCCAUGGCCAACUGGACGGCACGGCUCUCAGUCCAUUACAGCCAGGACAGCAGCCUCAUCUAUUGGUUCAAUGGCAGCCAGGCAACCCAGGUGCCCAUGGGGAGUGGGACCGGCGCCCUGGAAGGCCUGAGCGACCAUUUCACCUUGUCCCUGUGGAUGAAACACGGCGUGACCCCAAGCAAGGGCAAGAGGGAGGAAGAGACCGUCAUCUGCAGCACCAUGCAAAGUGGUAAGAGCCGUUUCCUUCCCCAUGGCAAAUAUCGGAAUAGGUGGGGAGGGAGCAUCUACCGUAUUUUUUGCUCUAUAGGACACCCCGGACCAUAGGAGGGGGAGAACAGGAAAAAAAAAAUUCUCUGCAGCGCCUCUCCCGCGAAGCGAAGCCUGGAGAGCAAGAGGGAUCGGUGUGCACUGAACCCUCUCGCUCUCCAGGCUUCAGGCGGCUAUCCGCAAGCCUUCGGAGCGCUCCAAAGGCCUUGCGGAUAGCCGCCUGAAGCCUCCGGAGUGCAGUGGGAGCUCUUCCUCUGCGCUUCGGAGGCUUUGCGUUGCUAUCGCUGAAGCCAAGGAGCCUGCAUUUGCUCCAUAAGACGCACACACAUUUUACCUUAAUUUUUGAAGGGGGAAAAAGUGCAUCUUAUAGAGCGAAAAAUACGGUACUUUGCAUGCAGAAGGACCCAGGUUCAUUUCGUGGCAAGAAAUCUCUGAAAUAUUGGAGAGCUGCUGCCAGUCAAGGCAGGCAAUACUGAAGUGGAUGGACCAGUGGUCUGACUCAAUAUAAGGCAGCUUCCUAUGUUCCUGUGAAAUUCCUGUUUCCCAAGCCAGUCAUGUAGAGCUUAAGAAGAAAGGAGAGAUUCUACUGAAAACAGUACUUUCUGAGUUUAUGUUCUUGCUGUAAAGCUAUAAGGCUGCAGUCCUGCAGGGAGCCUUUUUGGUAAUGUUAUUUUUGUUUUAUCAAAAAAAAAUAAUUAAAAAAUGCUAUACAGUGGUACCUCAGGUUACAAACGCUUCAGGUUACAGACUCCGCUGGCCCAGAAAUAGUACCUCAGGUUAAGAAAUUUGCUUCAGGAUAAGAACAGAAAUCACGCAGCAGCGGUGCAGCAGCAGCGGCAGGCCCCAUUAGCUAAAGUGGUACCUCAGGUUAAGAGCAGUUUCAGGUUAAGAACAGACCUCCGGAACGAAUUAAGUACUUAACCCGAGGUACCACUGUACUAGAAUUCUGCUGCAGUGGAAUAGCACAGUUAACUAUUAACAACAGGUUUUUUUAAAAUAAAAAACAACAACAACCCGUAAAGUAAGGUAUACCUUUGCCUAUUUUUAUUGGAGCACCGUGAAAUAUGCAAAUUGUUUCCUGCCUAGACUCCUCGUUUGCUGAAAAGCAAACUUUGAACAAGUUUUCUUUCUUAAGAAUAUGUGAGACAGAGGUGGAGCUGAGGAAUACUUCUAGAGACCUAGGAGAAAGGGCAAGUGCAGGUCAACACGUUUUAUUUAAAAAAAGAAAAUGGCAACAACACCCUAAAGAAAUCUAACCCCUGAGGGCCAGAUCAGGACAAAACAGGGGCAGAGGGUUUUUUGCCAAGGACGGGUCUCCGAACUGUCCCCAGUAACCGGGGCAGUUGGAGCAUCUGAGAGAGCAGAAUGACCGUAGAUGAAUCACGACAGACUGGCCAUAACUGCUGAAUCUGAUGCCUCCUUCCCUAUCUGCAGAGGACGGAUACUCCCAUUAUUCCCUCGGUGUGCAUGGCUGCCGCAUAGCUUUCCUCUACUGGCCCCUGCUGGAGAGCGCAAGGCCUGUCAAGUUCCUCUGGAAACUGGAGCAGGUGAGGAAACAACCACCAUCUUUGUUGUUCUUCUCCAAACACACCGACAGACACUGACGCUGUAUGUCCUGAUCUCUCCUUUUCCCUGCUCGCAGGUCUGCGAUGACGAGUGGCACCACUAUGCCCUGAACCUUGAGUUCCCCACCGUGACGCUUUACGUAGACGGCGUCUCCUACGACCCUGCGCUGAUCCACGACAAUGGCCUCAUCCAUCCCCCACGGCGUGAAUCUUCCCUCAUGAUUGGAGCCUGCUGGGCCGGUGAGCACUUCCGAGCGACUGGAAAAUAGGCAGAGGAAGUGGAGACUCAGUUUUCUUGGGUUCCUCAGAGUGGGAUGCAAAUUUUCCAAAAACGUUGAAAUUUAAAAUGGUUCGGGGCGGGGGGAGCAGUCCACCCAACUCCUUUGAGGAAAACCUAAAAUAAUGUGCCGUACUGACUUAGGCUACAAUGCUAAACUCCCAAUGAAAUGGCCUUCAAGUUUCCAGAAAGCGAGCUUGGAAGGGCUUCAUGGUUUCAAAAUCUGCAGUGCCAUCCCCUUCCUUUGAUUGCAACAAGUCUCAUAUCCUGUUCCCCGAACUACAGAUGGCACCUCUGAGGUGUGACAAUUUGGUUGCCUCAGUCGCAGGGCCACCUUUAGCAUAUGUACCGCUGGGGUGCAAAGAUCCACCCAGCACCCCCACAUUCUGGGGGGGAGCCAAAAUUGUUGACCUUUUUUAGGGGGGGGAAUUGCUCACCUGUUACAGUGGUACCUCGCAAGACGAAUGCCUCGCAAGACAAAAAACUCGCUAGACAAAAGGGUUUUUUGUUUUUUGAGCUGCUUCGCCAGACGAUUUUCCCUAUGGGCUUGCUUCGCAAGACGGAAAUGUCUUGCAAGUUUGUUUCCUUUUUCUUAACACCGUUAAUACAGUUGCGACUUGACUUCGAGGAGCAACUCAUAGAACGCGGUGUGGUAGCCUUUUCGAGGUUUUUAAAGACUUUGGUGAUUUUUGAAGCUUUUCCAAAACUUUCCCGACACCGUGCUUCGCAAGACGGAAAAAAUCGCAAGACGACAAAACUCGCGGAACGAAUUAAUUUCGUCUUGCGAGGCACCACUGUACAAUCUGCUUUUGUUUCCUGACUCUCGGGAAUAUUUGACGCUAUGGGGGUGGGGGAUUUUGCUCCAUUGCUUUUCACUGCCACCGAUCGAGAGGGACCAGUAUACAGUGGGUAUACAUUUGGCGCCCCCCAGAAUUCAGCGCCCAGGUGCCCCACACCCCUUGCACCCCUGGGUAAAGACGGCCCUGCUCAUUUGCCCAUGCAGGGCCAGCCCUGUCAUUAGGCAAAGUGAGGCAGCAGCCUCAGGCAGGUGGUUUUAGAUGUCAUGAAAGGGCAGCAAAGAAUUCAUUUGCUUAUUCACUUUUGCUGGUAGAGAGAGUUCGAAGAAGCUCUCAGGGGGUGACUCUUGUUCAACAUUUUGAAUUUCACUUCUGUUUUGCAGAGGAAAGAAACAAAGAAAAGGCCAAAGUGAAUGAGAAUUCUACGGAUCUGGGGCAAGGUAGUUGACUUUCUCUGUCACCACGCAUGGCUCUCCCCUCUCUUCAUGCAUGCCAUUCCCUGUACAUGGCCAUUUCCGUUUCCCUCACCCCUCUGGGAGGAAAAUCUUGGCACCUGGAUGACUUUGCCAACGUAGCUUCUUCUGGGCAAGAUGGUGUUUUAAUCUCUGUGGUUUGUGAGAGGGCCUGAAGGUGGAACAAAGCUGGUCUGUGAGAGGCUUUACCUUUCCUUUUCCUAAUUUUUAUUACUUUUAACAAAUACAGUUGAAACAAACCAAACAAUUGUAACUGAUAAGUUGCAUUAACGUGGUUAACAUUUUUUGGAGCAGAGCUCCAGCUCCGAGGGCCUUCUGGUGGGUCCCUCAUUGUGAGAAGUGAAGCUACAGGGAACCAGGCAGAGGGCCUUCUCGGUAGUGGCACCCACCCUGUGGAAUGCCCUCCCAUCAGAUGUCAAGGAAAUAAACAACUAUCUGACUUUUAGAAGACAUCUGUUUAGGGAAGUUUUUAAUCUUUGGUAUUUUUUCGUAUUUUUAAUAUUCUGUUGUGAGCUGCCCAGAGUGGCUGGGGAAACCCGGCCAGAUGAGUGGCGUAUGUAUGUAUGUAUGUAUGUAUGUAUGUAUGUCUAAAUAAAGAUGAUGAUCAUGAUGUUUGUGUGGGGAAAAUUUCUCAAGAGUGUUACCUUUCGAGGCUCCCACUUCAAAGUUUUUGCAGAUAAAAUCACUCAUAUUCGGAAGGAGCUAGACACCACCGUGGGAGCAGGGCCAGGGCGGGAGAGUGCUAGAGCUCUGUCUGGUCAAGUUGCAUGGAAUCAAUUUCAAUCCGUUACCCCCGAGGAUGUGGACAGGCUGCUUGGACGCGUGAAAGCAACCACCUGUCUCCUUGAUCCUUGCCCAUCCUGGCUAAUAAAAGCAAGCCGGGAAGGGCUGGGCGAUGGGCUCUGCGGGUGGUGAAUGCUUCCUCUGUGAGGGAACAUUCCCGGAUCGGGUGAAAGAGGCGGUCAUUAAACCGCUUCUUAAAAAACCAUCUUUAGACCCGGCCAGUAUGGCCAACUAUCGCCCAGUCUCAAAUCUUCCAUUCUUGGGCAAGGUGAUUGAGCGCGUGGUUGCUGAACAACUCCAGGCACGCCUGGAAGAAGCGGACCAUUUGGAUCCCUUCCAAUCGGGAUUCAGGCCUCACCAUGGGACUGAAACUGCCUUGGUCGCACUGGUUGAUGAUCUCCGGCGAGCUAGGGACAAAGGUGAGAGUUGUUUCCUGGUUCUGCUGGAUCUCUCAGCGGCCUUUGAUACAAUCGACCAUAACAUCCUUCUGGACCGUCUAGAGGGGCUGGGAGCUGGGGGCACUGUUAUACAGUGGUUUCGCUCCUUCCUCCUGGGCCGUGUUCAGAAAGUGGUGGGGGGGAUGAGUGUUCAGACCCCUGGGCCCUCACUUGUGGGGUGCCUCAGGGUUCCGUCCUCUCCCCAUGCUUUUUAACAUCUAUAUGAAGCCGCUGGGAGAGAUCAUCAGGGGAUUUGGACUGGGUGUCCAUCAAUAUGCAGAUGAUACCCAGCUCUACCUCUCUUUCAAAUCAGAACCAGUGAAGGCGGCGAAGGUCCUGUGUGAGUGCCUGGAGGCGGUUGGAGGAUGGAUGGCGGCUAAUGGAUUGAAGUUGAAUCCUGACAAGACAGAAGUAUUGUUUUUGGGAGACAGGGGUCCGGGCUGGUGUGGAGGACUCCCUGGUCCUGAAUAGGGUAACUGUGCCCCUGAAGGACCAGGUGCGCAGCCUGGGAGUCAUUUUGGACUCACAGCUGUCCAUGGAGGCACAGGUCAAUUCUGUAUCCAGGGCAGCUGUCUACCAACUCCACCUGGUACGCAGGCUGAGACCCUGCCUGCCCGCGGACUGUCUUGCCAGAGUGGUGCAUGCUCUGGUUAUCUCCCGCUUGGACUACUGCAAUGCGCUCUACGUGGGGCUACCUUUGAAGGUGACCCGGAAACUACAAUUAAUACAGAAUGCGGCAGCUAGACUGGUGACUGGGGGUGGCCGCCGAGACCACAUAACACCGGUCUUGAAAGACCUACAUUGGCUCCCAGUACGUUUCCGAGCACAAUUCAAAGUGUUGGUGUUGACCUUUAAAGCCCUAAACGGCCUCGGCCCAGUAUACCUGAAGGAGCGUCUCCACCCCCAUCGUUCUGCCCGGACGCUGAGGUCCAGCGCCGAGGGCCUUCUGGCGGUUCCCUCAUUGCGAGAAGCAAAGCUACAGGGAACCAGGCAGAGGGCCUUCUGGUAGUGGCGCCCGCCCUGUGGAACGCCCUCCCAUCAGAUGUCAAAGCAAUAAAUAUCGACCUGACAUUUAGAGGGCAUCUUAAGGCAGCGCUGUUCAGGGAAGCUUUUAAUCUGUGAUAUUUUACUGUAUUUUUUGUUUCUAUGGAAGCCGCCCAGAGUGGCUGGGGAAACCCAGCCAGAUGGGCGGGGUACAAAUAAUAAAUUAUUAUUAUUAUUAUUAUUAUUAUUUGCCUUUCGCUACCACAUUGCCUCAAAUGGUCUUCGGGGCAAUUUUUCCUCCUCACGAACUCUCUGAAACCACAAAGAGGAAACAAGGUCUGUCCCCUUUCCUCGCCACCCCCCAGCUCCCGCGCUGCCGUCUCCCUGUUUCUCAGCUGGCUGCGCAUCCAAGACUCCCCCCCCCCACUCUCCUUCCUUCUUCUUUGGCCUCUCCUCCCACCUGCAUCUUCCACCUCCUCCUCCUCUGUUGUCUGUGUUCUCUUCUCCCCCUUUCUCUCCAUCUGUCUCUCACACCAUCCCUCCUCCUGUAUCCCCCUUAGGAGACCCUCUGCUGAUUCACCACUACUUCCACGGUUACCUGGCUGGCUUCACUGCGCGCCCUGGCAGCCUGGAGAGCCGGGAGGUGAUAGAGUGUCUCUAUGCCUGUCGCGAAGGGCUAGACUACAGCGACUUUGACAGCCUUGGCAAAGGGAUGAAGGUACACCCGGAAGCGCCCACCCCCCUUGCCCUCUGGUGGCAUGACCUCCCUUCCUUCCCUCUGCUAGCACCUUGGCUUGGCUUCCUGCCUGCUCCUGCCUCCUGCAGAAUCUCCUCGUGUUCUCCUGCGUCCGUGUGUCUCGGCCCACCAGCCCGAGCCCUUGCCUCAAAGCCCGUUGGCUUCCUCCUGCAGGUUCACGUCAACCCCUCCCAGUCUCUUCUCACCUUGGAGGGCGACGACGUGGAAACCUUCAACCACGCCAUCCAGCACGUCGCCUACAUGAACUCGCUGCGCUUCGCUACGCCAGGAGUCCGACCCCUCAAGCUCACCACGACUGUCAAGUGAGUGUCAAAGCUUCGGCGGCAUCAUAACCUGCAUCCUUCUGGGCUUGAGCCAGCAGAGCCUUCCUUUUUUAGUUGUGGGCAGAUAGGUUCUGCUGCUCAGAUUAUUACAGCUUUACUUCCUUGCUCAGUUUCACCAUUGUAUAUACAGUGGUACCUUGGUUCUCGAACGGCUUAGUUGUUGAACAAAUCAGCUCCCGAAGGUCGCAAACCCGGAAAUAAGUGUUCCGCUUUGCAAACUUUUUUUGGAAGCCGAACAUCCGAGGUGGCUUCCGCUUGACUGCAGGAAGCUCCUGCAGCCAAUUGGAAGCCGCGCCUUGGUUUUUGAAUGGUUUUGGGAGUCGAACGGACUCCUGGAACGGAUUAAGUUGAAGAACCAAGGUACAGGGCCGGAUUUAGGUUUGAUGAGGCCCUAAGCUACUGAAGGUAAUGGGGCUCUUUAUAUGUCCAGCUGUCCUUUGUCAACACAAAUUGUCAUUUUUUGUGUUGAAUAUAUGCCACAUGGUAAUUUAUGGACCUAAUAGGUAUCUAAAGCCAUUUGCACAUAAUAAGAGCCUACACAACACAAAACACUGUUGCUGUAUGUAGGUUUUAUUUUAUUUGUUUUUUAUCUUAUAUUUUGGAAAUGUACAUCCAGGUUUUUGUUCCUUUAAAUUUUUGGGGGGGGCCCAAGAGAGUGGGGCCCUGAGCUAGAGCUUGUUUAGCUUAUACAUAAAUCCGGCACUGCCAAGGUACCACUGUAUGUGGGACUUUACAGAAUCAAACAGAAGCUUAGCCUGAGGGUGUGUGCGCAUGAUACCUUUAACGCACAAAAUCUGAAGCGCCUCACUUCACUUAAAGAAUUCCAGGCACUGUAGCUUACCCGGCACUUUCAGCUCAGGACACGGCAUUAGUAUUGGAUUAGAGAUGCAGAAGAGACUUCAGGUGGCGACAGGGUGCGCAAGCUUUGAAGUUCCACAGACCCAGCAGAAGCGAUGUGGCUCCGUUAAGGGUCUCAUCUUGCCUGCUUGGGAUGUGUUGUUCCCCUGGCAGCUCCUUUUGCUUUUAACAACUCUGGAUCGACAGUUUGAGUACUUAUAAGAAUCCUGCUUUGCUCUGCAGAAAAAAAGCAGGGAGGAAUGGCACUUACUGGUUCGUGUGAGUAUGCUUUGUGGAAAUGCGUAGCUGAGAUUUAAUUCCCCUGAAAGAUAAUGGUGGGAUUUCCACAAUAGGCUUGGAUAGCUAGCAACAUAAUCAGAGGGUCUACCACCAAGGAGAGGUAGCUAGCCCCUUGUUCUCAAGCUGCUUUUAUUUUCUGCACUUUUUACUCUUUAUUUUACAACUAUUUAAUGGUAUUGCUUUAAAUACAAGCUGCCCAGGACACUGAUUACGUGGAAGGAUAGGCUAUCCAUUUUUAAAAAAUAAAAAUGUGUUCUUAGAAACAAAGGCGUCCCUUGGUGCUGAGGAACAAAAGGGAAUCCUGCCUCCUUGCAGACUGGGAUCAAGGGGUGUUGCUUUCUCCUGUCUUCCCUUAGAUGCUUCAGCGAGGAAUCCUGCGUCUCCAUCCCGGAUGUGGAGGGCUACGUGGUUGUGCUUCAGCCUGACGCUCCUCAGAUCUUAUUGAGCGGCAGUUCUCACUUUGCCCGGCCUGUCUCCGACUUCGAAGGUCCCGAGGGAGUCCCUCUCUUUCCUGACCUCCAGAUUUCUUGCUCCAUUUCACAUCAGGUAGAGCCCAAGAAAGACGAGAGCUGGCACGGCACAGGUGAGCUGAGCGCUUCGGUAGAGAUGCUGUAGCAGCUCAGGGCUGUUUGCGUGUGUUUGUGUGACAACCCAGGCAACAGAAGCAGAAAAAGCAGGCAGUUUUGCUAGAAGCAGGAAGUGUCACAUUUUAUCAAUCUGAUCCUGGAAAGAUAUGGACUUCCCAACCCUAGUAAUAUGAACAAAACCCUCUUUUUUCCAUUUAUAAUAUUCUUUUUUCCAUUUAUAAUAAUUAUACUUCUCCAGAGAAAAAGCAGAGACAUCACCUUGCCAACAAAGGUCCAUAUAGUUAAAGCUAUGGUUUUCCCAGUAGUGAUGUGUGGAAGUGAGAGCUGGACCAUAAAGAAGGCUGAUCGCCGAAGAAUUGCUGCUUUUGAAUUCUGGUGCUGGAAGAGACUCUUGAGAGUCCCAUGGACUGUAAGAAGAUCCAACCUCUCCAUUCUGAAGGAAAUCAGCCCUGAGUGCUCACUGGAAGGACAGAUCCUGAAGCUGAGGCUCCAAUACUUUGGCCACCUCAUGAGAAGAGAAGACUCCCUGGAAAAGACCCUGAUGCUGGGAAAGAUGGAGGGCACAAGGAGAAGGGGAUGACAGAGGACGUGAUGGUUGGACGGCGUUCUCGAAGCUACCAGCAUGAGUUUGACCAAACUGCGGGAGGCAGUGGAAGACAGGAGUGCCUGGCGUGCUCUGGUCCAGGGGGUCACGAAGAGGCAGACACAACUAAACGACUAAAUAACAACAUACUUCUCCAGCAUCUGAAAUGCGAAACACUAUAUAGAAAGAACACACAGUCAUAUAGCAUAAUUGUCAUGUUGGUUCCUGGAAACUAUAGUUUGCAGAGGCUGCUCGGAGAUCCUUAAACUCAUUUCCAGAACUACAGUUCCCAGUGUUCCCUGGAUAGAGGAAAUGGGGGUUGCUAUGGCAUGGAAGGCCAGAAACAAAAAGAGGAAUCUGAGGAGGGGUGGGGAAGGGAUGGCUAACUAGCAGAGAAUGAGAAGGGAGGAAAGGUGAGGAGCAGGAGCAGUUAGGAUCUUCGGGAAAGAGGUGAGGCGAAGACUGAGUACGAGUGUAUUCCAAAAGCAGUAAGGACAAAGACAGAGGUAAUUAUUUCGGAGCGCUCCUCCUGUCUUUCAUCCAGACAUAUUUGUUCUUCUCCAGGGUCGAGCCCUGAAAAAAGUGAUUCUGCAAAUGUGAAGUAGAACCAGGCUGUGCACAGCGCUGAUUGGCAGCCCUCUGUGAUGUCACCGAACAGCCCUCCUCCUUUCCUGGGAGCUGUUUUUCAGAAAUGUCAUUUUAUGUAUGUGUGCUUAUGCAAAGCUUUUAAACUUGGGAAACCCACCUGAACAUGGGCAGAGGGAGCUAGACCAGCAGCUGAGCAAGAACAACUAUACGGUUCCCUAUUGCACAUGUCUGCCAUUUCAUUUCUGAAUCCAGGCUCCCCGUGGCAGAGAGACAUGCUGUGAUGAUAACUCUUUUUGCUUUACAUCUGCCUUUCCCCCUAAGGAGCGGAGAGAGAAAUGGAGCUGGGAACAAGAGAAUAGGAAGGAAUCAAAGCUUCAUCAGCUGCUUUAAUGAGGUUGGGAGGUGUGUAAGGAGAUGGAAGAGAAAAGAGAGAGGUAGAUGGCAAAGAUUGUGGAGAGGUUUAAAAUUAGGAGGUAAAAUCAAGGGCAAAAUAGGGAAGGGAAGCCACUGAGGACAGUGAAGGAGCAAGAAACUCGAAUGGAUAUUAAGCCAGACCGGGGGCGGGGGGGGGGAAAUCAGUUUUGUAUUUUUAAAUUGCUUAGGUCAAUUUGUUUUUAUAUCUCAUUUCAUCAGUAUUUUUAAUUUAUAUUUUAUGCAAACAGCUUAGAGGUUUUGUUGAUUAAGUGGUACAGAAAUGCAAUGCAAUGCAAAAAAAUAAAAUAAAAUAAAAUAUGCCGGUCGUCUCUCUGUUCCCCUUUCUAUACUGAAUGGGUGUAAGCUGUUUGUUUUCAAGAAAGGUUAGAGAAACAGAAAGGUAAGCUAAGAAGCAGAAGGACAGGCAGGAGAAUAAGACCCUUUUUGUUUCUAGUGAAUGAAAGAAAAUGACCCUAUUCUGCCCAGUUCUUAUCAGGAUGGUAACUGGGGAUGAGGGUGCAGAGAAAGGGGUGUGGUGUGAGGGCCCCCAGAGGCCAUCUUCCUUGCCCCCCCCCUCCCGAAACCUAUCAGCACCUCUGACCACUGCAUGUGCUCACCUUUACAAUAUAAUUUUCCUGGCCAAACCCAUAUUUUGAUGCAAACCGCUUAGUAGAGCGGCUUAAGUGCAUCUCUGGAGGGUGGAGUGGUGGAUGCAACAAAUAAAUGCGGAUCCCUCCCUUCUCUCGUAAGUCUUCCCUGCCUUCUCUCCCUUGCAGUGGCAGAUACGCGGAUGUCGGACGAGAUUGUUCACAAUCUGGAUGGUUGCGAGAUCUCCCUGGUUGGAGAGGACCUGGACCCUGAGAGGGAGUACCUGGUCUUAGAUGGAGCCUCCCUGCAGCAGCGAGGCUUGGAACUCAUCAACACCUCUGCCUACCUCAGCGUCACAGGUGUGCAUCUUUUCUGGCCUCGACCUUCUCCAUCACAACACAGUCUGGACAUGCUGAAGGGUCCCUGGGAUGAUAAAGCCGUGGUUACCCAACGGAUAGCUUUCAUAUAUCCCAUACGCUGGAAUAGCUGAGACGGUAGAGAAUGGGACUCUUAAUCUCAGGAUGAGGGGUUUGAGACCCAUGUUGCGCUGGAUGACCCUCAUGGUUCCUUCCAGCUCUACAGAUCUAUGAUUCUGUUAUUCAUGUCCUCACUGGUAAGGUAAAGGUAAAGGGGCCCCUGACCAUUAGGUCCAGUCGUGGCCAACUCUGGGGUUGCGGCGCUCAUCUCGCUUUAUUGGCUGAGGGAGCCGGAGUACAGCUUCCGGGUCAUGUGGCCAGCAGGACUAAGCUGCUUCUGGCGAACCAGAGCAGCGCACGGAAACGCCGUUUACCUUCCCGCCAAAGUGGUACCUAUUUAUCUACUUGCACUUUGACAUGCUUUUGAACUGCUAGGUUGGCAGGAGCAGGGACCGAGCAACGGGAGCUCACCCCGUCGCAGGGAUUCGAACCGCCAGCCUUCUGAUCGGCAAGUCCUAGACUCUGUGGUUUAACCCACAACGCCACCCGCAUCCCUUCCAAACUACUGGUAGUGGUUUGUUAAAGCCAGAUCUGCCCCAAUGAUCUAUAACAGUGCUUCCCAAACUUGGGUCUCCAGCUGUUUUUCAGACUACAAUCCCCAUCAUCCCUGACCAGUGAUCUUGCUAGCUGCGGAUGAUGGGACUUGUAGUCCAAAAACAGCCAGAGACCCAAGUUUGGGAAACACUGAUCUACAGAGAGGGUAGGUGGGUGGGCGUGCGUUGGAUUUUAACGACAAAUGAGUUGUGCAGUGGCAUAUGUGCACAGACCCCUCCUCCCACCUUCCCUGCAUCUCUCUCCCCAGGUAUUUCUGUCUCUUAUCUAAGCCCCAGUGAUGGAAGUGAGUUUGGUUACGGGGGAAAGCAAGAAAAGCAGACUUCAGGGAAGUAAACUGCAACAGGGGUUGGGAGAGGGUUUAAACAUGGAAUUUAUUUACCUCGUGAUUAUAUAUAUAUUUUAAAAAGCAUCUUAUGAAAAGAAUCAAGCAAGAAAAUUAUUAGUAAAAAAAACCCCCACUAAAAUUUAAUAAUAUAAAAUAAAACCAGCAGGAAACUAGAAGCACAUCCGCAUUCUAGGUCUCUGGGUAGGCUAGAAGCCUGAUAGGCUCUGUGUUAUUGGCAACUGUGUGUGAACUGGAUGAUUUGAAGUGAAGAAGCAGUGAGGGUAAUGCUUAAUCCUUCCCCACCCAUUAUCUCCCCCACUUCCCUGCUAUGGCUUCAUUCCUGACCCUGAAUUCGAGAUGCUUAUUUAUGAGGUAAAGAUGUAUUUAUGAGGUGAACUGUGCAAUGAGGAAAGGUGGAAUGAAGGAGCAGUAACUUGCAAGGCUUGCAGUAACUUGCUGUGGGUUAAACCACAGAGCCUAGGACUUGCUGAUCAGAAGGUCGGCGGUUCGAAUCCCCACGACGGGGUGAGCUCCCGUUGCUCGGUCCCAGCUCCUACUAACCUAGCAGUUCGAAAGCACGUCAAAGUGCAAGUAGAUAAAUAGGUACCGCUCCGGCGGGAAGGCAAACGGUGUUUCCGUGCGCUGCACUGGUUCACCAGAAGCGGCUUAGUCAUGCUGGCCACAUGACCCGGAAGCUGUACGCUGGCUCCCUCGGCCAAUAAAGCAAGAUGAGUGUCACAACUCCAGAGUCGGCCACGACUGGACCUAAUGGUCAGGGGUCCCUUUACCUUACCUAACUUGCAAGGGAGAAUUUAAGCACUUAUAUGCACUUUCAGCCACCUCUGUUUUGCAGUGAUAAUGCAGGGUUUUGCAUGGGAAGUUUAGUUUAUAUUGCAAAGCCUGAGCUCAGCCAGCUUGGAAGCUUUAACCCUCCCCUCCCACCCCUGACCUCCGCCUGGGUAUCUUCCCCCAUUUCUAGGCGUGGAGAGCAUUGCUGUCUAUGAGGAGAUCCUUCGCCAAGUCUCCUAUUGCAUCCAUCAUGGCGCCGCCCUUUAUGAGAGGAAGUUCCGCCUUUCUUGCACCGAGAUGAACGGCCGUUACUCCAGCAACGAGUUCACCGUUGAGGUAAGCAAGGGAGGGCGCGAAAUUCAAAAUGUCUGCGAAUCGGGCUGCAGCUGAGGUGGGUGUCAGCAGCCUGGAACCAAGAAUCCUGACUACGGGUUUCUCGUUGCAGGUCAACGUCCUUCACAAUAUGAACAGAGCCGCUCACCCGAACCACAUUAUGAGCGCCCAGCAGUUCAUGCACCGUGGACACCAUCUGCCUCCAGAACUUUCUGGCCACAGCCUGGCUAGCCCCCACCGCAACUCCAGUACGUACCGAUUGAUACGCUACUGUGAAGUGGCAGGUUGACUGAGAAAAGGAGGGUGAGAGAGGGUGGCACACUCAAUUUCGGGGGUCAAAGUUGAUUAGGUCUGUGACUGGAUCCCCAGUGUAUUUUACUUUAGUCCAGGUGUCGGGGUUCAGAGAAUCCUAUCCCUCCACAGUGGGAUGCCAAGAAGCAGAUAAACAAAGAAGAGUUCUUACCAAAUACCGUAUUUUUUUGCUCUAUAAGACUCACUUUUUCCCUCCUAAAAUGUAAGGGGAAAUGUGUGUGCGUCUUAUGGAGCUAAUGCAGGCUGCGCAGCUAUCCCAGAAGCCAGAACAGCAAGAGGGAUUGCUGAUUUCACUGCGCAGCGAUCCCUCUUGCUGUUCUGGCUUCUGAGAUUCAGAAUUUUUUUUUUCUUGUUUUCCUCCUCCAAAAACUAGGUGCGUCUUGUGGUCUAGUGCGUCUUAUAGAGCGAAAAAUAUGGUAGUUUACAGUGGUACCUCAGGUUACAGAUGCUUCAGGUUACAGACUCCGCUAACCCAGAAAUAUUACCUUGGGUUAAGAACUUUGCUUCAGGAUAAGAACAGAAAUCGCGCAGCAGCGGUGCAGCGGCAGCGGCAGGCCCCAUUAGCUAAAGUGGUACCUCAGGUUAAGAGCAGUUUCAGGUUAAGAACAGACCUCCAGAACGAAUUAAGUUCUUAACCCGAGGUACCGCUGUACCUUGUUACUUCUCCCUUUGACUUGGGACAGCCAGAUAAACGUUUUUUCAAGCAAUAAGGCUUUAACCUCGGUGCUGUCAGUGAGGUAUCUAGACACACUAACCAGGGCAGGGACUCCCAAUAUUCAAGAUGCUAUUUUUACCUCUAAAGCCCUAAAUGGCUUGUGUGUCUUUCCCUUAGCAGCUGAUCUGUUUUAUAUACGCUUGAGCUUUCAGGAAAGGGCAGGCCGCCAAUGUAUAUUAAGUAGUACAUGAAAGGAGAAACUGGAGAUCAUUGGAAUACCAGCUGAAAAGAGCCAAGGCAAAGGCCUGGGGUGAUACUAGGAAUCUAUGGCAGGAUAUCUGUACUCUCGAUGAGCGAAAGGCAGAAGAACUGCCUUACUGUAUGCAGAUAUAGUGUCUCUGAACAUGGAAGCUCCAUUUAGCUCCCAUGGGUGCAAGACCGGUUCUCCAUAGAAUCCUCUUACUCCUUUUCGACAGGCCUCUAAACCACCGGCCAUCUCCACAUCUUGGGAGCGGCAGGUUCUAGGGAGGGUGUCCCGUUGAAGUGUGGCAUAUGCAGCUUCUGCAACGAAAAGCCUGCCCUCCGGAACCACAUCCUAGCUCCUCCAUGGGCAGCCACGAAACGACCUGGCUUUAUCCUCCCCCUUUCUCUUUUCCCACAGUGGUCCCCAGCGCUGCCACCAUCAUCAUUGUGGUCUGCGUGGGCUUCCUGGCCCUCAUGGUGAUCCUGGGCGUCCUACGCAUCCACUCCUUGCACAGGCGAGGGGGCGAGCGCGAGGGCGCAGGAGAGUCCGCGGAGAGCCACGGAGGUGCCCAGGCCAAGGAGAGCGAGAUGUUCUGGGACGACUCUGCUCUCACCAUCAUCGUCAACCCCAUGGAGGUGAGUGGAGGGAGCAGGGCAGGAAAGAGACUCCACUUCUGACACCAGUGUUGCAAGCAACACCAAUCAGUGCCGAGCCUUGCAUGUGAUUCCAGGGGUCUGUGCUCCUUUGGAGAAUUGAAGACGUGGCAGAGGCUGUUGUAGCUUCAAGAAAUAUGACUUAUUCAUACAUUUACACCUGAAUCUAGAUGGAGAGCAGGGGCAUAUUGUGGGUGUGCCAGUGGUGCCGUGGCCCCGGGUGCACAACUUUUGAGGGGGCACAAACCAGGUGCAGCCAUGCAGAUGACCCCAGAGAAGCCCAGUCCAGUGCUCCUCUUCACCAGCCAAAGGCCACGUUGGCCAGCCAGGCUCCCCCCUUGCUCCAGUGGGGUCACUGCAGUGGGGAGGGCUGAGCUGGACCCCCCAGUACGUGCGCCUGCCCUAGGCGGCGACAACCAACACUACACCGUUGGGAGUGAGUCCAGAUCUUACAGCACAGUCACCUCAAGAGGGUCUUGUGCCCCACAGCACUGGAGUCCAAGGUGGGGCGAAACUAGUCUUUAUUUCACCUCGGUCAGAGACCCAGUUUGGCACCCCCUUCACACACAUUUGUGUACACACACACAUAGGCUGGGAGUCUCAGGGGCACCCCUCUGAAGGCUUCCACUGGGGCAAAAAAACCAGGCUAGCCUCCCCGUAGCUACGGUUCUGUCCAAGGCAUCUCUCAGCCUGCCUUCAGCCAGCCAGCCAGCCAGCCAAAAUCAUUCUGGUCUUUUCCCUGGCUAUUCCAAACCUUUUGCUCAAUUGUCACUUCCUCCUUCUCUUUAGGGACGCAGCUGGCGCUGUGGUCUAAACCACUGAGUCUUUUGGGCUUGCCGAUCAGAAGGUCGGCGGUUCGAAUCCCCAUGACGGGGUAAGCUCCCGUUGCUCAGUCCCAGCUCCUGCCAACCUAGCGGUUCGAAAGCAUGCCAGUGCAAGUAGAUAAAUAGGUACCACUGCAGUGGGAAGGUAAACGGCGUUUCCUUGUGCUCUGGUUUCUGUCACUGUAUUUCAUUGCACCAGAAGCGGUUUAGUCAUGCUGGACACAGGACCCGGAAAGCUGUCUGUGGACAAACGCCAGCUCCCUCGGCCUGAAAGCAAGAUGAGCGCCACAUCUCAGUCGCCUUUGGCUGGACUUAACCGUCCAGGGGUCCUUUACUUUUUUACCUUCUCUUUCUAGUCAUACCAGAGCUGCCAGGAGAGGGCAGCAGAAGCUUCUGGGUCGACCGUCAGAGAAGUAGCUGAAGAGGAGGAAGAGGAAAGCAAUGACUCUGAAUCACCGGACAGCCCAGGCAGCGACGUGGCCGAUGACCAGCGCAUUGUGGGCAAGCACGAUGCCCCUUGCCGCUUCUAG